CUGGGCACUUCCACUAUUGGACACUAACAUCACGUGUAUAAACACAUGAGUUGCUUUCAUAAGUUUGUACAGCAGCCAGACAGCGGUACAAUUAUAUGACUGAGUAAUUCAGUCUCAUGACCACGAUUAAAACAAUUCGGACAGUUACAAGCAAAAAGUCGACAAUGAAUUUUAUCAAGAAUGUUGGUACUGCCAUCAGCUCAGCAGUGACCUCUAGUGGUCUGGAGAUGCCUCGCUAUGAACACUUAAACAAGCCAGCAGACCCAAAGGAGAUCAUUCCAUAUGAAGAACGCCAUUACCCAGAAUCCAAAUGGGCCAGUACGACCAUUAAAGCAAUGAAAUAUGAGGAUGCCACCAGGGAAGGAUUCUGGAGGCUGUUUAAAUACAUCCAGGGAAACAAUGAAACAAAGACCACCAUUCCAAUGACAGCACCUGUUAGAACCAAAAUCGUACCUGGGGCAGGACCUAACUGUGAAAGUACAUUCACCAUAUCUUUCUAUGUUGGUGAUGAUUUUGUGGAGAACACCCCUAAACCUUCCAAUCCUGAUGUGUUUAUUGAGACCACCCCUGAAAUGACAUUGUUUUCAAGACAAUUUGGAGGUUUUGCAAAAGAAGAACAAUGGAUAGAAGAGGCUAAGAAUCUUUCAGAAAGCAUCAAUGGAAAAGAGAAAUUUGAGACUGGCUACUACUAUACAAAUGGAUAUGACAGUCCCUUUAAAUUGUUCUCCAGACGAAAUGAAGUGUGGUUCGUUAAAACACCAAAGGAUGAAUAAAGCAGCAUUAACAUUUGUGAAUAUUUAUUGUUCGGGGAUUCCAUAUUAACUGGAAAAACAAAUACAUUUUUUGCUCUCUUUCUGUCUUUAGAAAGGUGUAUUUGCAUUUACAAUAAUAACAUAAGUGAGGAAUAGGAACCCUCCAGAAACAUUUGAAUAUCCGUUGCUGAAGUGAAAAAGACAGAAAAAGUGAUGUUUCACCACCAAAAUUCUAUUAUUGAAGUCGCCAAUUUGCACCAUGUCCUUGUGCAUUAUGCACCCAAAAAUACUUACUCAAGACUACUUGUAUAAAGAAACAGUCCAAAACCUGAUAUUAACAUGAAGAAGUUUCAUUACACAAAAUUUGCAUAUAACAACUUGUCAUAUGAUAUUGUAACUUCACUUGAGACCAUAUGAUAUUAUUUGACAUUUGUAGUUCUAGUAAUUUAGACUAAAUGUAUGGCAUUAUAUAUUGCAGUAUAUGUAUCACAAGAUUAUAGAAAAUUUCUGUCUUUUUGACAAUUAAAGUCAUGCAUAUUAUUAAAGAAAUUAACUCAAAUGAUAUUUCAAGAUCAGAUUACAGUACAUGUAUUUCCUUGUAAUUAUAGUUAACAUCAUUAAGGUCAUCUGAGAAAAUAAUACUUUUCUUAUAUUUAAUCCCACAUGAACAAAUUAUAUGAUAUUCUUCAGAGAGACAUCUAUACUUGUACACUUAAACUUUUGUAUUAUAGCAUAGUUCUUAUUGCAGUGCAAUAGCUGGAAUUCAUUCAUUAUGUGAUAUUUAUUGAUAUUAAUUGAAUGUAAUUACUGCAUUUUGUAUAUUUAUAUAUAAGCGUAGUACAUGUAAUAUAGCUAAACAUUAAGUAAAUAUUGUUUUGUUCUAAAAGAUUGUGCUGAAAGAUCAACCAGGUCAUAAUUUCACUGAUGAAGCUAGCAGCAAAAGAGUGGUAUUGAUAUGGUGAACUUUUUGAACACGCGUUUCUCUUAAACCAGUCAUCAAGA